AGAUACUCCGUAAUUCAAUUUCAUACCCAAUACACUUGCAGCUCAACUUUCUAAACCCCCAACAAUUUAUUUCUCUCCCUUUUUCGCUCUCCUCUUUUUCUCUCAUGGAAGAACUCAACUCAGUUAAUGUUAUCGAUCUCGACGAUUUUCAACCCGACCCGCUUCUCAAACCCGGAGCAUUCAUUGAUCCCAACCCCACUGUUAUCGGGACCUCUUUCACCGUUGAUCCUGUUGUCAUGGCUUCACCACCGCCGAUUUCCGAUAAAAAGUCCGCAGGACCCUCUUCUAACGGGAACUCCAAACCCGUCAAAUCCACCGCCUCCCCUGCUGCUGCUGCGGUGGAUGCCGAUCAGUUGCCUGAUUGGAUGCCUCCUGGUUGGACAAUGGAACAUCGUGUUAGGGCAUCUGGUGCUUCUGCUGGUUCUCGAGAUAAGUAUUAUCGGGAGCCAGGGACAAGUCGUAAGUUUAGGUCAAAGAAGGAGGUGAUGCACUAUCUUGAAACAGGAACUCUCUUGAAGAGAAAGAACAUAGACGAUGCUGGCGGUUCACCCGUGAAUGAGUCUGCUACCCCAAAGCGAAAGAAAUCUGAGCCAAAGGUGAAAGUUUCUUUGAAGAACUUCAACUUUGAUGAUAUCCCGGCGAAGGUGAAAUGGGUGUUGACUGAUAUCUAUGAAGGGUCAUGGAGACCCUUAACCAAUGGUGUUGAUAGGGUUCCGGAAUCUGCUAAGCAAGAAUGGACUGCAGCUUAUACAUAUCUCACAAUACAAAAUGGUGGCAAGGCAGCUAUCACAGCAUUCGUCUGAGUGUUCCCCUUCUCUCGAUUGUGGGAUCAAAUAUUGUUAACAACUCAUACCCAACAAACCACAGAAAAGAAACAAUGUUAAUAUAGUCUUUCAUUUUGCUUCUUUUUUGAGAUGAAUAGUUGUGAAUAAUUUUAACACUUAUGGUUGUUCUUUAGGAACAAUAGGACAAGUAAGUUAGCUUCAAAUAGCUAGUUUUCUUUUGUUAGAGCUUGGUAAUUUGAGCUUGGUGCAUUUUGGAUUUGGAUUUACCCAUUUAGCUAGUGUUUUUUUUUU